AGGGGCCGGACUGCCAAACCUCCCUGCUUUUGUGCUCGAACCUUGCAAGCCCAAGGAAGCUCGUCUUGCUUACACAUCAAGUUAUCCCCUUUAUUGGCGAUCAAAAUAAAUUACAGCCCUUCUCAUACUGCGCUCGUCUCCGCUCUCCGAUUAAUUUCCCGGCCGUCCACAUCGACAAGUUUCUGUUGAUAUAGCAUGGCAAAUCAAUUCUCUAAUGAAGGUUCCAGUACUGCAAAAGUUUCAGGGGAAAGCUCAGACUUGACUGUUCAGCUCAACAUCAAGACACUUGAUUCCCGGAUUUACAGUUUCCAAGUGGACAAAAAUAUGCCUGUUUCAUCAUUCAAGGAAAAAAUAGCUAAUGAAAUUGGCGUCCCAGUUGGUCAGCAAAGGUUGAUUUUCAGGGGAAGGGUCUUAAAGGAUGACCAUCUUCUUUCUGAGUAUCAUGUGGAGAAUGGGCAUACAUUGCAUUUAGUAGAGAGGCAACCAGCACAGGUGCAACCGUCAUCUGGUGCUGGUUCUGGAGAGACAGCUGGGAGUAAUGGAAGUGAUGCCAGUAUUGGCAACCCCCGUAAUCGCGUGGGGCAAAUCUCACACAGUGUAGUUCUUGGAACCUUUAAUGUUGGGGAUCAAGGUGAAGGAGUUGUACCUGACCUUUCUCGGGUUAUUGGGGCAGUUCUGAAUUCUAUAGGAGUUGGUGGCCAGCCUACAAGUGUUGGCACUGGCGGCACACAUACUUCUACUUUGCCAAAUGCUCCCAGUCAGGCUCCUCGAGGAAAUGAAACAGAAGGUUUACGUGGUAAUGUUGGAAUUCAGACUCAAACAGGAAAUCAAGUGCAGUCUGGACAGGCAUUUUCUGGGCAACCAUUCCAAUCUGUACAUCAAGUUGUGCAAAUCCCUCUGGCUGCAGCAGCAGUACCUGUUCCUUCCGUUCAUCCUAUUCCUGAUUCUUUGAGUACACUUUCUGAGUUUAUGAAUCGCAUGGAGCAAACACUAUCACAAAGUGGAUACCAGCCGAAUUCAUCUUCAAUAAAUGCUGGUGAUCUCCCGAGGGUGGAAUUACCCUCCAGUGCCCAUGGGUUGCAUACUCCUGAAGCAUUGAGCAUUGUGCUGCGUCGUGCACAACGUCUUCUCAGUGGUCAUGCAGUUGCUGCACUAUCUCAUACUGCAGGAUCCUUGGAGCAAGAGGGAUCUUCUUCUGAUUCCACCACAAGGGGCCAGAUACAGACAGAAUCAAUGCGAUUAGGUCUUGCAAUGCAACAUUUAGGUGCUUUGCUUCUUGAGCUUGGUCGCACAAUUUUGACUCUGCGGAUGGGACAGUCUCCUACAGAAUAUAUUUUGAAUGCUGGACCUGCAGUUUACAUAUCUCCAUCUGGGCCUAAUCCUAUAAUGGUUCAGCCCUUUCCUCUUCAAACCAGCUCUCUCUUUGGUGGUUCUGUUCCUCAAUCAAAUCCUAUGGCUUUUGGUCCUGUUGGUAUAGGGAGUGCUCCAAGGCACAUAAACAUUCAUAUACAUGCUGGUACUUCGCUUGCACCAAUUGUUUCUGCGGUUGGUACAAGGGCCAGUAAUGCCGAAGGAAUGCAGGGAGAACGUCGUAAUGGUGCUGGUUCUGGUGAUUCAGGUGCAACAAGGGUGCUACCUAUGAGAAAUGUAAUUGCAACCACUGUCCCAUCACGACCUAGUGGUGUUGCAAGUUCUGGGGUAGCACAGCCUGGCCUUGGUGUUUCUGUUGCAGAGCCACCUUCUGACUCUGUUUCACUACCAUCUAUAUCUGAAGUUAAUUCACGACUUAGGAAUUUUUUUGGUAACUUGCAAGGAGAUGGCAUGGUUUCAUCAGGUGGCCAAACAGAAUCAACUGUUCAAAGUUCUUCUGUUGCUACUGCAAGUAAUGAUGUGGGGAAUGAACAGAAAAACACCACGACAUUCAGCUCGGUCAAAAGAGUUGGGGAAUCUGGGGCAUCCAUACCUGGGUGCACAACUGAAAGUGAAGGUCAGAAGCUCGACCAAUUGAGUAAUAGCGAUGCUUUAAGUGGAGGAACUGCAGCCAAGUCUGAAGAUUUUCAGGGCAAUGCUCUGGGAUCUGACCAGAAACAUGAGGGUGCCAAAGCUGCUCCACUAGGUUUAGGGCUGGGAGGUCUGGAACUUAAGAGGCGAGGUAUACAGCAAAAGUCGAAGGUUGUUGGUGGUGAUGGUGGAACUACCAGCACUUCUUCUGAUCAAAAUCAGCAGAUGAGAACAAGCAGCCAACAGAUUUUGCAAACUCUAGGAUCUCGUAGCUCUGUUGUAAAUAGUGUGAAUGCGAAUGAGCGGUCCCAGCAACCACCCCCUGCAGUUGAUAUUGCAAGUCUUAUGUCUCAGGUCCUGCAAACUCCUGCUUUGAAUGGUUUGUUGGCUGGUGUUUCAGAGCAAACUGGGGUUGGCUCUCCUGAUUUUUUGAGAAAUACGCUGCAACAGCUCACUCAGAGCCCACAGAUGAGGAAUGCAGUUGGUCAAAUUGUUCAACAGGUUGAUAGCCAAGAUCUUGGAAACAUGUUUGCAGGGCUUGGAAGAGGCCAGGGCGGUGGCCUUGAUUUGUCUAGGAUGUUCCAACAGAUGAUGCCGAUAGUAUCCCAAGCCCUCAGUGGUGGAAACCCCCCUCAGCUUUUUCCUCCCAUGGAAACCGAACCCCAAUCACAGUAUAAUGAGCUGAAUCUGAGCAGUGAUGACAAACAACAUGAACAAAACUUACAGACCAACCUCCAACAACUGGCUCAGCAGAUUGAACAACUGAAUCCACCCGAAAAUAUUUUCCAUUCUGUAGUCGAAAAUGCAGUUAUGUUAUCUGGCAGCGGAAGUGGUUCGGAAGAGCUUGUUGAUGAACUGUGGGGCGAUGAAGGCCUUGCUAAUGAAUAUAUGGAGAUGUUACGGCGAGAUAUUCAUCGACGACUUCAGGGUGAGUCUGGGCAGGAUAACUGCUAAACAGAGCCCCGAAGCCCAAGUGGGCAUGUUUGUGACUCUAAUGAGUUAUCAUUAUGAGCAUUAUGACGGGGGUUAUUAUUCACUUGGCCAGGGCUUUUCAGUUUGUUUUACAGUUACUCAGUGUCCUUGUACAUUGUAGGUUUGCGGCAUGUUCUGCUUUUUAGUUAUAGGUGGUAUGCGUGUUACAGGCCCACUUCUUGUCUGAUUCAGUGUAUAAAAAUUAUUAUCACUUAUCAGAAA